CCAAGAGCUGUACAACAGUUUGAACUUGCAUCUGCGGUGGCUCUUCUGAAAAUGGAAGACCAAGAAAGGCUUCUGAAACAAGUGUUCGGCGACUCAUCAGAAAGCGACGCCGACGAAGAACAUCAACCACCAUCACCCUACAACUCAGAAGUAAACGACGACGAAUGCCAUUCAACCGUCGAUCAAGCUACAAACCCUACUUGGGAACCAAUUAAGCAAAUCAACGGUCUAUGGCUUUGCAGAGACUUCCUAUCAUCCGAACAACAAUUUACACUGCUUUCCCAAAUUCAAAACGAAGGAUGGUUCACCGAGUCUACAAACAAUCAGGCUAUGAGAUUCGGAGAUCUUCCCUCCUGGGCCAUUCAGCUCUCCAAUUCAAUUCGUGAAAUAAUUCAGAUCGGCGAUCAUAUCUCCGGCGAAGGAAAAAACACUUGUCUCCUGCCGUCCAAUUUAUUUCGGAGAGAGCCUCCAUUUGAUCAACUAAUUGUCAAUCUAUACCAACCAGGUGAGGGAAUAUGUGCACAUGUUGAUUUAAUGCGAUUUGAAGACGGAAUUACCAUCGUCUCCCUGGAAUCAUCAUGUGUAAUGCAUUUUUCAAAAGUUGAAAAUGCAACAAUUGGGGAAGAAGAUCACCAGCUCGUGGACAGAAUUCCUGUUUACCUAACCCCUGGAUCUCUGGUUCUAUUAUCGGGGGAUGCUCGUUAUCAAUGGAAGCAUGAAAUUAAUCGCAAGCCAGGAUUCCAAAUUUGGGAAGGCCAGGAAUUAAAUCAAAAGAGAAGAACCUCCAUAACCCUAAGAAAACUUUGCCGUUCCAUCUGAAUUUCAAGGUGUAAGAAUUCAUGUUGAAAGUUUGGUGAUGAUGUUUAUGAAUUGUGGAGAUUGGAAGUGUGCGUUGCUGAGGAUUUUUAGGGGAGAAGGGUGGGUUUAAAUUAAGAGGAUGUGAUCGGUGGAUGGGGUUGACAGAUGGCCGGAGAAGAUGGAGAGCAAAUGUAGAGUAAGAUAACACGUGGAUGGCUUACAGUGAUAAGAAAAAAAUGAACUUAAAUUAUUUGUAGGUGUUUAAUGAAGUUGUAAUUAUCAUCCAAUAUACUUAUUUAUUAUGCUCUUCUA